UUAUCGUUUAAAUGGUGGCGGUGAAACCGCUUUUACAAAUCUUGAACUUCAACUUCAAGUCCCCAAUUGAUAUUUUCCACGACUACCCUCUUUUCUGUCUUCUUAGAGAAAAUGGGAGAUAGCGAUAAGGACAAAAGAACAAUUUGGUGUGGAAACUUAGCCAAAGAUGUCACAGAAGAGCUUCUGUUUGAGCUGUUUCUCCAGGCAGGCCCACUGGAAUCGGUUCGCAUUCCGAAAGACAAAGAGAGCGGACAAAACCGGCCGUUUGGCUUCGUCACCUUCAGAGAUGACGUGUCGGUGCCGUACACGCUCGAUCUCUUCAGCGGCAUCUCGCUUGAGGGAAGGAUGCUGAGGUUGCAGAGUCGCGGCGGGGGCGGACAGCAGAGCGGGAGUAACUCCCCGAUCUGUGGCCAACCGCAGCGAAACGACAUCCGCCUGCCUUAUCGCGACGACGAUCACGGCGGCCAAGGGUUACAUCGUUCGUCCUCCUGCCCUGCCGAUCUCGUCGGCAGCUUGCUGGGGAACUAUCCCGGCCAGUACGCCAGUCAGUUUGUCGAGCGCAACGUGCAAACCCAGCAACAGUUGCAGCGCCACGACUCGAGUCAGCGCGGUCAGGAUCCCCACUGGCGGCAUCCGGACGAUCGCGCAAGCUCGCGCAACGGCGGCUCGGCGAGCGCGCGAAGUUCGGCGUCCAGACAAGGGAACGUGCACAAUCAAGACGGCGGCGGUCGCAAUCCCGGCGGUUAUCACGGUCGCCGGGCGGAGGACGACGUCAUCACCCAGCAGAGGGCGAUGCUGGAAACGUUGACGCAGCAGUUGAGAGAGACUCCGGCAGCCAUGAUUCAGGAUCGCAGGAGAGCGCCGAACGAUGGUGGCCGACAACAGACCGGUCGCAGCCACGGCCAUUAUGGACACAAUAAUGAAGGGCAGCAAUAUAGCAGUCGGGAGGGCGGCCAUCAUAGCAGAACGGGAGGAAGACACUAUGGGGAUAGGCGGGAAGAACGACCAUAUAGUAGGGAGCAAAGGGGAGAUCUAACGCAGUCCAAUCAGUACAAGUAGUGGUGUGCCGUCUGUUUUCUAGGGUAAUUCGAUGUUUAGCCAACAUUGCUGCCACAUCGCUAGAUAUAUGUACAUCACUCGCAAAAUUUCGGAGAGGCGGUUGUUGAGAACGGGCCUCUUAUUUAUAAGUCUAAUUAAAUUUCACGCAAAACGUUUUAUUACAUUUAAAUGUCAAAAAUAUAUUUUAUAUUGUUCUAUAGUUGAUCUGUAUGUGUCUUAAAAUUGCAUUCUGUUAACACAGUAACAUGAUUGCAGUUUUACUUUUAAACAGUUUACUUUGUGUUUGUCAAUGUAAAUAUAGCCUCGUUUGAGCUCGUCAAGUAAUCGGAUGCAACUUGAAUAAUGAUAAGCAGUGUCUAGAUUACUACAUAAAUGGGUUUACUUGUGGCUUUUACUGAAGUGUCAGUGAGGACCGCCAUCUGUGGGGAGAAACUACACUCAAAGAUGCAAAUUUUCAGAUUUUUGAAAUCAGUCUGUAGCCAGCAAGGAACGUUGUUUUAACUCUCUAAACAUUUUAUUAGUUUAUUGGGAAAACAAUUUCCUUCCAAAUGAUAUAUGACUAGCUGUUCGAUGACAGUACAGGAGCUAUAGUUUUGAUUUCUAACUCAUGAUAUCACAUGAAAGUACCAGUGUAUUUUGAAUAAUAGGGUCAUAAUGCAAAAAAUCCUUAUUUUGAAUUAAAAGGUAAGGGGCAAAUAAAAAUUUCUUAAUUUUGUAAGAAACAGUAGAAUGGUCUGGGCGAAAAUCUAGUUUUUACCAACACCUAAUAAUGCAUGUAUUAUUAGCUCUGGUAUUUAUUACACUAUUGAAAAACACAUUGUUGGGAAUUCAGAAGGUAAAGUAAUACUAGCAACACUACAUUGUUGGUCUAUGUACAGCUGUGUACUGUUGUCUAUUGUUCUUUUUUAAUACAAGCAAACAGUUGAAAGUUUAA